UUCAUAAAAGUCUGGUUCAGGUUUAAUUAUUUACAGGUACUUACAGCUUGAACAUUGCAAAGAGCGGUGUGUACAAUCAAACAAACAGCCUCUUCAGUUUAUCCAUGUCCUUGUGUUUUGCAUAGCUAACCAACAGAAGUCCAGAUGAGGCAGCACUGGAGCGUACUGACGACAACAGCGAUCGUCUCAAUCACAGUGAUUUGUUACGUGGCUAAACAACCUACGUUUAAUCACUUAAUCCCGACGGUUUUUAGAAACAUCACCAUGGCGUCUGCUAGUCUCCGGGUAACGCGUCCCAGUAACGUCACCAUGACGUAUUCCAGUGGCGUCAACACGACGUGUCCUAGCGUUCUCGGAGCAAUGUUGUCGGGAUCCUGGAAGACACGACCUUUGACAGAGACCGAGGAAAAUGAAAUGGAAUUAUUGCAACAAGUCAUCAUGAAGGAAAACAGCAUCGCAAGUUUAGAGCGAGUCGACAAGAGAUGUGGAGACAUCUCGUACCCUGGAUCUGGGUGGUUCCGUGCGCUGUGCGAACCGAAAGGAACUUCUCCCUGUUGUUAUGGCAACGUUUGUCAAAUGAAAACGGUUGAAGAAUGUGCUUGUGAUGGUUGCUACGACCUUCGGUCACCGAUUCAUGCGGAAUACUCAACAUGGAUACCUCGUGAUAGCAGGUGCAAGAUGGAAACGUUCACGUCGGGGACGGCAUGUCAACUCCUUCGCGGUGGAACAUACCACUUCUACGGCGACUCUCUGGUCAGGCAGAUGUUCCUGGCCUUUAUCAUCAUACUCAAGGGAGACUAUCAACAUGGUGGACUACGACCCGAUGCGCCAAUAGAUGCUAAAAGGAAUUGUGCAGGGAUGUAUGUCUUUCCGAUGAGAAGCUGCCGCCAGUAUAUUGAUUAUGCUCCAACACUGUGUAACGGAACAGUCAAGGCUGUAUUUCGGGCACACACAGAUUCUGGUUCAAUAUCAAGGAUGACAAAAUAUGUGAAACAGCUUCUGGACAAACGACGGUCCAUGGUUCUGUUUGGCUGUGGACUGUGGAAAUUCUUUAACAGACAGGACACGGAGAACUAUGCCAUGUCUGUCAUAAAUACAGUUCAUCGGGGGAAGAAACGGACCUGGCCAAAACUGGUCUGGUCUGGGUUCCAUCAGUUCGGCAUCUGGCGAAGAGCAUUUGUAAAGGGAGUAGACAAUGAACAUGCAGAGCUUUUCAACAGACACAUGAGGAAGGUCGUAGAGGAGCACAGUGUCCCUAUGUUCGACUCUUUCAACUUGACAAGAGAAGUCCACAGCGUUGACGGGACUCAUUACGGCGCAGGUGUUAACUUUCUUAAAGCUCAAAUUUACUUGAAUUAUAUAAAAGAACUUCAAACACAAGGCAGGUGGGAAUAAAACU